UGUCAUUAGAAACUUUCUUAAAUAAAUAUAAAAUAACGGGUUUACACAGAUAUAUUUUAUCCGCUGAUCUCAAAAUGAAAUCUAGCAUUCCGCGGUUAUGGCCAGAAUUCGAAUGGUAUGAUAACAAAUCAUCAAUAAUAGAACAAAUAAACUUAAUGAUGGAGACAUACCAAGAAGAACACAAUAUUAAAAACACAAAAAUACUUAUUCUCGGUCCGCCGUGUUCAGGAAAAACAAAACUAGCAAAAAAACUGUCUAAUUAUUAUAACGUGCAGUACUUGGAACCGAAACAAUUUGCUGAAGACUUAGUUGAUAGCAUAGUAGUCAUUUUUUGAUUCACAACUUUUACAAAACCUUAAGUACUAAUAUUAUGUAUGUGUUGGUUUAAUAAAGAGAAAUGAGAUUAUGACACUGAAAGAACGCAAAAAUAUAGAUAUAUCGACAGAUUCAUUAGGAAAAGAAGAUCCUUACAUCACAGAAGUGAUUGGAAAUUUAGAAGAAGAGUUAAACAUAUUAUACUCCUCUAUGGACGCAAAUGAAGGACAAUUGGAAGAUGUUCAUUUGUUAUCAUAUUUGCGUAAAGAUAUUUUUGCAAAUUUAAAUUACGUUUUGGAUGGAUAUCCAACAUCAAUUCGUCAAUUCAAGCUACUUUUUUCGGAGCAGAAUUGUCCAGAUAAAAUUGACAAUACCACAAUACCAGAAUUAGCAAUAUGUUUGAAUCAGAAUUUAUCAUCAAAUUUACCUAUAUAUUUCAAUGAAAAUGAUGAUAAUUCGCAAAAAGAAACUGAUAUCACUGAAAAUCAAAGUUUAAAACGUCAUUUAUUAUUUUCUGAAAUAAACAAUGUGUCCCCUUCAGAUCCAGAACUAUUUUCAGCGCCAAAUUUACAAGCCAAAGCUAAUAAACCAAUACUCAAGACUUCACUAAGUGGUAUUAAUAAUAAAAGUAGUUUACAUAAACAACGUCAAAGUAAAGAAAAAAAAGCUUGGAAUGAAGAAGAUCAAAAAAAUAUUUUGAAAAUAUUAAAUAUUCAUUAUGUUCAAAUCAAAACUUUUAAUUCUCCCUACAUACCAAUAGAAUACCAGAAAACUACAAAGAAUAUUUCAGAAGACAUAAACAUUGAUGAAAUAACCAAUACAAUUAUCAAAGAUUAUUAUUUUUUUAAACCAAGACAUAAAGACCAAUCUAAAUUAUUUGAAGAAACGCAAUUUUCUAAUUUAAUAUCCAACAUAGAUAUAUCAAAUAAACAAAAUACUGAUGAAAACCAAAAAAAAUCAUUUGAAGCUAAAAGUUUAUUGGAAAAACAGUAG